AUGGCGCGCAAAAAAACUAGACAAGAUGAAAAACCCGACGAAACCGAUUCUUCCAACCACACACCGACACCAACACCAACACCUAGCUCUCCCAAAAAUAAAAAGAAACCAAAAAAGAAAGCAAGCGCACCUGCCGAUUCAACCCCUAUACCGGCAGAAAAAUCAAGCAUCAACGAUGACAACACCCCAAAAGCCCAGAAGGAACCGGAACCAACACCCAAAAAAGGAUUCCCUCGCUGGUCGAUCGAAGAGGACAAGAAACUCUGUGUUGCUUGGCUGAACACGAGUCGCGACACCAUCGUCGGGAAAGGUCAGAAGGCAACCACUUUUUGGGAGCGAAUCCACUCGACCCUCUCCGAUCUGAUCAAUGAAUACAACGAUGAGAAGAAAAAAUCGAAGAACUUCAAGCCACUUCCUCUACGACCGGUUGGAGCGGUCGAAUGCCGCUGGGGACAUAUCCUCAAGUGCGUCAACAAGUUUGCUGGCUACUAUUCAAACGUCGAACGUCGGUUGAAGAGCGGAAAGACUCGCGAUGAUAUUCUUACGGAGGCUAAAGAACUGUAUAAGACCACCUCAGGUUCGCCUUUCAAUCUUGACCAUUGUUGGGGAAUCUUGAAAGACACCCCAAAAUGGCAGGCUACCCAGAGAGAGAACGAAGCGCGAGCAAAGAAGUCCCAGAGAUCCAGUCCGCCUCCACCCUCAACCAACAUGUCUAGCUCCACAAACGAUGUCUCGAGCCCUACUGCUAUCGAUGUCGAAGGUGACGAGUCAGAACCCAGUCGAUCGGUUCUGGGACAAGUUCGUCUUGAAGGUUCAAAGGCAGCUAAACGAAAACGAGCCGAGGAUGCUUCAAUCCACAGCAUCGUAUCCAUGCAGAAGGAUCUGGUAACGAUUUCUCGAGAACGCUUGGCCUCGAUGAACGCCGCUAAGGAUGAUGCGAUCAUGUCAAAAGAUCUUUCCUCGAUGGACGAUGAGGCCAGAGCUUAUUAUCAAAGGUCAAAGCGCUUGCAUGCGGCCGCACAUCCAGAGGCGUACAGAGGCACAUCAUCCAUCGGAGAUCGCCUCUUGAAGAAUCCAAAACACACGGGAUUGCCGGCCUUGUAUGCACUCGUGAGGGAGCUUUGUGGGCAACAGCUGUGGGGAGACAACACAUCUCAGAGAGAUCAGAGAAACUGGCCUGUUGGCCCAGCCUGGGGGAUGAUAGAACUGCAACUUGAGGGGGGUAUGGACGAGAUAGCACUAGGGGCAGCCGGGUCUUAA